AUGCCAUCCACCAAAAAGAACUCUUCGGCUCCAUUGCUUAGCAAAGCAAGCAGACCUCAAACAAGCUCACCAUCGGCUUCUCAGACCGACUCAUCCCAAUCUAACGAUAAGAUGUCCGGCAAAGCGCAUAAACGAUCCCGAUCUGGUUGCUUCACUUGUCGUCUUCGCCGCAAGAAGUGCGAUGAAAAGCAUCCAGCAUGUGGCGCUUGUAUCAACCUCAGCGUGCGCUGCGAGUACAAGCGACCUGUCUGGUGGGGAAACGCGGAUCAGAGGAAACUCCAAAAGGAGCGAAUCAAGAACAAAAUUAAACAAACCAAGAUGAUCGAGCGCAAUGGUAGCCAAGUUGAGGCUUUCCGGAAUCGCCACAGCACAUUAACCUCCCCUACAUCUGGCUCGCCCGAAUAUGAUUUCAAUCGUCCCAUGUACUCGGAGCCUCACGACAUGUUCUCGGCUCAUUUGCCGGUCCCUGGCUUAGGAACUGCACCAUACGGCCCUUUUAUGUCCCCUUACGAGAUUGAUGUGAGGACCGAGAGACAAACAUACAUUAACGAUGUUCCCAUGCGUCAUGACUCGUCAACGUCGACAUUCAGCGCCUUCGCUCCCCCACAACUCAGCGCUCCCUUGCCAACGUUUGGUGAUGAAGGAUGGUUUGAAACUGAGGAAUACUUCAAUCAGGCAUCAUCCUUCCCUGAUAUGAAUGGUCUUGGCUCUUCUGUUGACCAAACAACGUUAUGGAUGCAAAGCGCCAUCCCAGUCUCUGAGCAAGAUCAGCCUCUUCUCGAUCAUUUCAUUCACAACGUCUUGCGGCAAAUUUUCCCCGUUUUGGAGGUCCAUCAACGAGGUCACGUACGCGCUCAGGCAAUUCUCCGUGCUUUGGAAACCAACAAAUGCUAUCUUCAUUGCUGUCUGAGCGUUGCAGCCAUUCACUUGAAGACGACCGAAGGCAUUGUAGGAGACCAGAUCGAUGAGGACAUCAUGCGCCACCGAUACGAGGCAAUUUCACAGCUGUGCCAGGCACUCGGCGAAGACACGAAUUUGGAGGAAAUUCUCGAUGCGACUCUUGCCAUGAUAUUUUUCCACUGCUCUGUGGGCCCUUCAGAUGACCAUCUCCCGGAUAUCCCUUGGUUCGAUCACUUCCAGGCUGCGUCCAACCUUGUGGAUAGACUGGGUCUUCCCGCACGUUUAAUGGAGUACCAAAAUGGAUAUAUGGUACCUUCAUUCAAUAUGGCCCUGACCUCAUGGAUCGACAUUCUUGGCUGCACCAUGACCGGCAAGACACCGCAAUUUGCCCACUCUUAUCGCGCAAAGCAUCUAAGCGGGACCGCCUCUGGCCUACGAGAGCUCAUGGGCUGCGAUGACAGAAUUAUGUACCUGAUCUCAGAAAUUGCCUGUUUGGAUUCUUUGAAAGCCGAGGGUCGAGUGGAUGAUCUGGCUGUGUGCUCUCACGUUCAGGCGCUGGGACGCCAAUUAGAAUACACUGAGCCAGCAGACCAGACCUUGGAGAAUCCGUUCUCGUCCGCCACCGGAUCUAUUCGUCCUGAAAUCCUCACGAAGACCAUGUCGACCAUCUUUCGGCUCGCUGCCCGGAUUUAUCUUUGCAGCCUCGUGCCGGGCUUCGACCGCAAUCAGGCUAGCAAUGAAAGUUUGAUUGCGGCCAUCACUCACGCUCUCCAGUUCAUUCCGGCUGGUCCCCAUGGCUUCGAUCGCUCUUUGGUGUGGCCACUUUUGAUGGCGGGCGUUUACAGCACGCCAUCCAGCUCCUUCCGGAGUGUCCUAGCUGAUCGCGCCGCCGCUCUUGGCGAUCAUGCUGAUCUGGGGAGCUUUGGACGCAUGUAUCGCCUUCUUCAAGAGGUCUGGCGACUGACCGAUGAUCCAGUCAACACGCAUGGUCUGCCCAGCGAGUCCUACAGCUCUUCACUCACGAGCCCGAUCAGCAGGCUUGAUCGGUCCGGUUCCCAAUCCCCUACUGGGACAGGGGCAACUCUAGGAGGAAGAGAAAUCAAGCGCCAACAAGUCCAGUGGCGGGACAUUAUGCGGCGCAACAACUGGCAUUACCUGCUCAUCUAG